AAGCCAUGAUUCCUCCGGGGGAAUGCCUGUAUGCUGGGAGGAAAAGGAGGAAACCCAUUCAAAAACAAAGGCCUGCAGUUGGGAACGAGAAAUCCAAUCCUUCGAAGAGACACCGAGACCGCCUGAAUGCGGAGCUGGACCAUCUGGCCAGCCUCCUUCCUUUUCCACCUGACAUCGUAUCAAAGCUGGACAAACUUUCCGUCUUGCGCCUUAGUGUCAGCUAUCUCCGAGUCAAAAGUUUCUUUCAAGCCAUUCAAGAAAAGCACUUUAAGAAGCAAGUUGGCCAAACGAUAAAAGAAGACAAUAUAUCUAAUAAGACUGCUGUACAAGAAGGUGGACUUCUACUAGAAUCACUGAAUGGUUUUGCCUUGGUGGUGAGUGCAGAUGGAAUGAUAUUCUAUGCAUCAUCAACAAUUGUGGAUUAUCUAGGGUUUCAUCAGACUGAUGUAAUGCACCAAAACAUAUAUGAUUACAUUCAUGUGGAUGACCGCCAGGAUUUUUGUAGACAACUGCACUGGGCCAUGAAUCCUCCCCAGAUGUUGUCUGGACAGCAACUACAGUCAGAAACAGGAGAAGAAUAUAUUCUCAGUAAAUUGUUCAAAGCACAAGAGAAUGACAGCAUGACAACAGAUUAUUCUUCCUUUCUAACUCGCUGUUUCAUCUGUCGAGUUCGCUGCUUGUUGGACAGUACUUCUGGAUUCCUUACAAUGCAGUUCCAAGGCAAACUAAAGUUCCUCUUUGGACAAAGAAAGAAGUCCUCAUCAGGAACAGUAUUGCCACCUCAGCUGUCCUUAUUCUGCAUAGUGGUACCACUUCUGCUCCCUUCUGUGACAGAGAUGAAGAUGAAAAGCCUGCUUGUGAAAGCAAAACACAAAGCUGAUGAUGCAGCAGCAGUGAACACAAACUCCAGUUCAAAAGGCAGUUCAGCAUUUUGUGAAGCAACAGAAUUAUAUGGAAGAAACAAUCACCAUGAAGGUGCUGCCUUCAGUAACGCAUUACAGAUUGCUGAAAACCAAAUCAAAGCAAAGAAUAAUGGAGAAAAUGGCAUUUCUCUAGUCAAAGUACAAACAAAUGAAGAUCACUGGGUCUGGGUUCAAGCUAACACUCAACUUCUGUAUCGAAGUGGUUGUUCAGAAUAUGUCCUUGCCCAACAGCAAAUGUUAAAGGAAGAAGAUGAACAGCUGAAGAUACUAAAUGGUUUUGCCAGUUUGAAAGGAAAUCUGGAGGGGCUUUCCUAUAACAGUGCCAUUGAAACUCUGGGCCAGUGGAAGCAUCUUAACUGGGCAGCAGUGAAGAAUGAACAAGAUAAUGUAAAAGUGAAGUUUGAGCCUCAUACUAAUGGUGAGUGUUUCAUGCAAGAGGAACCUCUCAGUUCCAACACAUCAGUUUUAGGCAUUCAAAACAACUGCACCACAAACAGUAGCUGGACUUUAAGAAACUCAAGUUCUUGUUCUAUGAGCCAGAGACUGAACACGUGCCCAAACAGGAGAGCUGGAUCAUUCUACAACAGAGACCAAAAUUUCUUAAAUUUGGCAUCAACUUGUCCUUCCCACUGGGGGAGUGCAGAAAAUGGCCAGUCUUACUCGGGGCUCCAACAGCGCUGUACAGAGAACUAUGCAACAGACCAUCUGAAGCUGCAGAGACCAUUAAUAUCCUCAGAGUCUCUCUAUGACACAGCCAUUCCCUUGGAGAUGCCUAUCAAAACAGAAUAUGACUCUGAUUCUGAAAACAUUGCCGAUAACUACCUGCUUUCGCAGAGCCGAUCCUGGCUGGAUGAGAGCGGCUCGGUGAGAAAGCAGGUCUCCAGCUAUCCCAACAGAAUGCACCUCAAAACAGAACCGGACCUCUGCGAGCCAGCCUUGCCCUGCCAGAAGUCAAGGCACUGCCUUUAUACACCCCAUAAUUGGCAAUGCAUCAUAGCAAACCAUCCCAACAACCUGAACUUGAACAGAGCUUGCAAGGGUUCACGGAACAAGGAGGUGGCCCCAUUUUGCCCUCAGAACUCCUCCGUGUGUUUGGAAAACAUGCCUGACCUGCCACACACAGCUUGCUACAGCCACUUCUACAGCCCCAGCCCAGGGGAGGAGAAAGAGCAGGUUAAUGAGGGGUUCAAAAUGCCAUGUGAAUUUAAAAAUCCCUGCUUGGUUCAAGCAAUCAAACGUGAGCCCCUUGAUUCUCCACCAUUGUCCAACAGUGGACAGAACACAGUACAUGCGAGCUUCCCUGAAAAUACAUUAGCAGGUCCUGUGCCUCGUAAAACCACUGAAUGUACAUUUUUGCAAUAGAUUUUAUAACUUUUGAAAUAUUUAUAAUUUUAAAAGCAAGAAGUUGUAGAUUCUCUUCCAGCUGAGUUAAAUGACUUGCUAAAAUCAAAAGCCAGUGUAAAGAUUUUGAGUGUGUGUGUGUGUGUGUGUGUGUGCGCGCGCGCACCUGUGUGUGAAAAGAAACAAGACACAGGUACACACAUCCUAUCCCCCGCUACUGCCCUUCUCUUAGUGAUCUUUGGAAAGAAGAAAGAAAUAUAAAACCUCAGGCACAGAAAAAUAAUCAUUACUUGCUGCACAGGUAUACCUGAUAAUUUUUCUUUAUCACCUUUCCUCUCUUCUGCAGUUCAUUAGCAAGGUCUAGCAAUUUCUGUUUCCUUUGUUCUGUUUGUUUUUCUCAAGUUGAUGUGAUGCCUCUGUGCAAAUCAAAAAUGUUUAUGGUCUUCAGUGUGGCCAGUUUACCACAGGAGUUUUUGCUUUAUAAUUUUUUUUCUGCUCUUAUAAGAAGGAUCAGCUAUUCCUUCAUCCCAGCAUUAAAUUAAUGGCUGUAGGAAAGAGCUUCCCAACACAACUUCUUAAUUUAAAAGGACCACAUUAGUAAAAACAACGACUUGCAUAAAUACAUUAGAAAUUAUUUCACUUCAAACUGAAGUUACUCCUAAUUUUCUUGAUAAUAUUAUUGGUUUAGAAUCCAUAUUUUUCCUUUUCAUUGCCAUCAGCCUUUCACAUUGCUGCUGAAAGACUGAACAAUGGGAUGUAAUCUACUUCUAUAAAUGAGUUACAUAAUGCUGUUAAGUAUAUGUGAGAACAAAGUAUUUCUCUGAUUAUUUUCUUUCCUGUUACUUGUAAUAUCAACAAAGGAAAUGCACUUUUUUACUUGAUAGUAUUUCUUUGACUGAUAGCAGCUUGUUAGAUAUUGUCACCUUACAUCAAAACCAAAUCCCACACUAAGAUUAUUUUCAAAAACAUCCUAGUUUCGAUCCCAAAAUAAACUCUUAAUCUCACUGAGAGGUGGAUGUAUACCUUUCAAAAGCACUUCAGUGCACUUUAGUGCUUUUGAAAACAGAGUAUAUACUUUUCUCUAAACCCAGACAGUUAUGUGUUUCCAUAACAAAAAAAAAAAAAAUAAAGUUAUAUUUUGGGUUUUGUUAUUGUUGUAGUUUGACUUCUGCACUAACUUUUGUUUUAAAAUUGCACUAUUUCAACUUUAUAUCAACUUCACCUAUAUAACAACCACAUCAUUUAAAAACAAAGCUUAGAUGUAUGUAGAUGUGCUUUUUGAAAGAAGCCCUGUAAUGAAUGUUUUCUUUUUCAAAAUGUUAUAAAUAAUUAUAAUGUAUUCCUUUAUCUAUUAGUCACAAAGGGCAUGGCUUUUGAUGCCAGAUGAGUGGCAUAAAAUUCUCCCAAAUGCGUUAAAUAUGUGGGAUAAGUGAAGUUUUCAGGUAUUGCAAUGGUUCUGCACCUGGGAGGCUGCUCUUCUCCAAGAAGAUGGACCAUCUUUUCUGACAGAAUUUACUGCCUGUAUUUUAGAGUUGGCAGGUGUAAAGAUGCACAUUCUCUGCAUGCCAGUUAAGUGCUUAUGAAGUGUGGUAUGAAAUGCUGCACACUGGACAGUAAAGAGGAGCAACAACAUCUUACUGUAUCUCAGGUUAAAUCUCUCAUUAUCCAGUUGACCAUAUCCAAGCCAUGAGAAUGUUUCAUUUUCUGUGUCUGAGGUAAAUCAGCUCCCUGUUGGCCAUGUGCUGCCUCUUAUUUGAGACAAUCUUGAUAUCCUUACUUUAAUACUCCUGCCAGUGGUUGCAAUGCAAUAUCAGAACCCGUUCUGAAGUGAGACCGCAGUGUGGAAUUCACACUGCUCUCCAGUACACCGCUGUCCACAUCAUAUAAAUUCAAGCCAAGCUGCAAAAAUACUUGUGGGCAAGCAAACUUGUUCCUUGUGCAGAGUAAGGCUGCCAUAAAUCAGUGUUGCUGCACAACCUCUGCCUCAUUGCUUCCCUAUCUACAUAAUUACAAGCAGCAGUUCUUUAGACUCUCCCAGAGUUGCUGUCAUAGUCCUUUGCUCAGCACAUAGCAGUGGCUCUGCUUAUGUGCUGGUGCCAGACACUCUGCCAUGUGUCUCAGAGCUGCUGUUGGGUUGUGCUAUGAAUCCUGUAAUAUUCUCCAGUCCAGCUCCUUGUGCAGCUGCCCGGCAGAAAUGAGGUGAUGGGGAGACAGGGUAGUGUGGGCACCAAUGGCUGGGGGCAAGUGGAGGACACGUCUGCAUGACCUCUGAAAAGCUGCUUAAUUCCACACUUGGAAUCACUGCCACACCCCUCUGAAUGAGAGUACCUGGGCUCUGUUUUACACUGCCUUGCACUUCGUCACAUCAUUUGAAUUGAUGAAAUGUGACUGUAAAACACUGUCAUCUUCAUCUGGACAUGCUGGUGCCAUUUUGUACAAAGGGAGUGGUCGCACCAUGCGCAACUGUGUAGAGGACUAUGCCACCAAAAGCCUUGUUUGUGCUUAGAAAUAUCACCUGCUGUGACUUACAGUGGGAGAACUAUACCAGCCAGGUUUCUCUCUUCAGUGCAGAAGCAAUUUAUACUAACAAAAGGAAUUCUCUAAAGUUCUCCCUGUUACAAAAUCCAUUAUUUUUUGUUGACGUAGCUCUAUCUGCUCUCAGGCUUUCCUGGCACAUAUCAGUUAGAAUUAUUUUUCUCAUGUUUCCAACAAACCCAGACAUAUUUUACACAUCUGGAUCAAUAUUAUAGAGAUAGGUGAAGCUUCUGCAUGUAAGGGAAUGUAAUCUAAGAUGUGAGAUGUAAUGGGCUUCUAGGUGGAUGGUUGAAUGUGUGACUCAAAAGUGAGAUGUCACCUUCUGACUCCCUGCUGUGUAAAUGCAGUCAAGUUUGUUUCCUUACUAUUCCAUAAAGUCUGAAGCCAAGAGAAACACACUUAUCCUGCACAUCACAUUUGAUUUUGGCCCACUUAAUUCGUGGCUGAAUCCUUAUUUCAGUCUCACAUGAAAACAUGUGGUAUCAGUAGAAUUUCUCCUAGUCUAAAUUAUCACACAUGCAGUAGAGCAAUCUCUCAAGAACAGGGCUUACGAAGAGAUCAGCAGUUUAUCCUCUUUUUGGACAAUUGCUAACCAUUGUUGGAAGCAAACAAAGACCACUACCUUCUAAGUACUUGGAAAGAACAGAGGAAAUAAAUGCUUAAAAUAAUCCCUUGCCAUUUGCGUUAUAAAGCACGGAUCUGCCUUCAUCCUCUCCCCAUGAUAUGUGCCCUGGAUUGAGCUGGGACUGAAAUCUGACAAUGCAUUGUACCCUGCUAAAUUACCACUGAUUUAAUCUUAUAAAACUUUUUUUGUGUGCAGACAUUAAUGACCCCCUGGCACUGACCAGUAAAUAGGAUGGAAGACAGAGCAGUUCUUUCAAAUGGUUACAUUUUCUUAGUGGUUGUUGCUGCUUUGGUAUUAUCCUAAAAGCUAGCACUGAGAAGUAGGGUUUAAGAUAUUUUCAAUUGCUGGUGUUUGUUUAGCUUUUAGCCUUAAUGAACUGGUAUUUGUAUCCCUUCAGCACAACCCUAAAAUCUAUUUUAGAAGCCUCACAAUGCAUUUAUUGUAGCAACAAUAAAAAAUUAUUCUUGUAGAAGAAAUGCCUAGUCAAAUGGUUGCCUAAUAGGAACUUGGAGCAUUCAGGCUGAAAGAAAUGCCUGACUGAUAAUAGCAUUCGAACUUCCUCAGCCAUAAACUCUCCAGAGGUUGAGACAUGGAGAAUGGACUCAUGAAUUCCCUGAUCUUUGAUGAGGGUAUAUUUUGGUAUGGAAGAUGAGCAGCUCUAAAAGCUGUGAAAAGGUGCCUCCCCCUGGGAUGUCACUUGAUCCACAGAGAGCAGAGACUAUUAUCAGAGCUAAAGCCGCUGAUCAAGGUCUUUACUGAGAAUGUGACCUGAUUUCAGCUGCCAGUGGACAGCUGUUGAACACCAUACAAAUGCUAGUCCAACACUGUUGAAAGCUACUACUUUUACUGAGGAACAACAUGAUUUGAGCUAGGAGUAAGCUCAAACAGCAAAAAGAGUGGAUUUUCCUGUACUUAUGUAGUGACUGAAACUGGGGCAGACCUCCACUGUAGGUAACGUUAUAAAUAAUUUGCAUUGACUUUAAAGUCUUUGGAUAACAAAGACUUCCUCUUUCAGAAUUUUCUUUCAAAAAUUCUGAGUGAGGGCAGCACUAUGUGAGUGAUAAGCUUGUUUCAGUUGUCCUCAGUUCAGAGAUUUAACAAGGGAAAUGAAAGAUUAAGGGACUGUACCUAAAUUCACUGUAGGAAAGACUAAUUUUCUACUCUUUGAUUGUAACAUGGUAAUGCAAAGACUGUGGUUUACCCUCCCUUCAUUGGAACAGUCAUGUAUUCUUAAAGUUCUUACAUCUGAAUCUGCUCUGGAUGGUAUAGGGAAGUCUGACAUUUGAGCAUCAGUCAGUUCUGUAAGACUUUAGGUGCUUAUCCUCUGAUCAUUUGAGAUCGACGGGGCAUGUGCAAUUCUUUCCGGAAAUUCCUAGUACUUAAAAUACUUAAGAGGCAACAAGCCUGAGGCAAGGAAUAUUAUGUGGGAUAAGACCAGCUUCUGCUGCCUAGAAGCUUUUCUUAACUCAUGUUGAAGCCAUACUGGAACUUAAAUAGGACAGCCUCACUCAUUGUAGUUAUUUCAGGAAACCCAUUAUAUUGUCUUAAAAAGAUGUUACAUUUUAAUUAAAUUUAAUAGUUAAAAGGCAUCAUUCCCCCUACCCAUGUACAUAUAUUGCCUUAGGUAGUGGUAAAAAGAUUAACGUAUUUCAUUUAAGUGUCACUUAACCAAGAAAACCAACCUCAGAGUAUCAGGGCUAUAGAUGUGUUCUAUUUUUCUUGUCUUCUGUAUCUGCUAUUAUCUUCUCUGUUUCUCUACUCCCUUAGGGUGUAAACAUUGAAAACUGAAAUACUUUUCUAAUCAUACUGAGACAAAAAUCCUAAACCUAAACUAGACUGUAGAAAGUUUCUCACUAGAACAGGAGUUUCUUUCCUUGGAGUUUCUUCUUUUAGGUCUUGCCAGGUCCUGUGAGAAAUUGUGUCACAACUGAAACAGGUGUCUGUAACAUGUAGAGAGCAAGAGAUUGUGCAGGUGGCCAUGCUCGGGAUGUAAUCACAAGGCUUUUAUCCAGCUGAAGGAGAUUCAUACAAGAAGGCUGCACUGGGUAGCUUAUACUCUACAUUUCAUAGGCACUACAAUCCUGACAAACAGAUCUUUGUCAUGGUUCAGUGACAUCUGGCAUGUUCUUGUCACUGUGAUUACACUUCCCUACCAUGCUAUCAGAAAUGCCUCUGAACAAAGUCAUCAGUGACAGGCUGAAAUAUAUUCUGAACACACAUAGUACUUUUAAAAAAAAACAACCCAAAUGUCUGGAGAUGCUUGUGCCUAGGCAAAGAUGUCCUUUGAGUGGAACUUGGGAAGUAAAGUAAAAAAAAAUAAAAAUUGUUAAGGCAAAUUUUGGGGCGAGAAAAGAUAUAUUGCCAUCAAAGUGUAUUCUAUGAUAUGAUAGUCAUAUUCUGUGACUACAGCAUUAAUUCUUCAUCCCCUGUUAAAAAUUCUGUGACCUGAAAUCACUUUUUUUUUUUUUUUUUUUUUUUUUUUUGUAGAAAUG